AUGGAGGACGUUGAAAAUAUGGAUGUUGAUAUGGAUGAUCUCUUUGGUGAUGGUGCUGGAUUAUCUUUACCUUCUAGACCACCACCAUCAAAAGAACUUCACCAGAGGAUUGAUGAACUGAGAGGAAGUGGAUGCUGCCAAGGUAUUGCUUGGUCUAAAUGGGGAAGCAUUGCUUCUAUAGCUCCAAAUGGUAAUGGUCUCGAGUUGAGGAAUUUACGCUGUCAUCCUACAGAUGGUACAUGGGGUUUAAGUAAGCCAACCUUAAUCCCUCAACUGACGAAUAAUCUCGAUGGUGGUCCAUUAAAGCAUCUUUCCUGGAGUCCGACUGGCUCAGAAUUAGCCGUCAUCGACUCUGCUGGCCGUCACGGUCCAGCGGUUAAGGAAGCAUCAGGCUUUCGGUACGAUGCUUCUCAAGCUCCCAUUCUUGGACCUAGCCAUCCUAUUCCCUCCAAAUCGGCAUUUUUAUAUGUCACUUCCAAUGGAUCAUUACGACUCUUGUGGCAACAAGGUAACAAUAAAUGGUUUGAGUCACAUACUGAACUUGAGAGCAUUGUUUCAUCUGAUGACUUGAUCACGCACGCAGCAAUAUGUGCGGAAAGAACACCUUCGCUUCUGAUUGCACUUGCUACCGGGUCCAAGCAGUUGCGCAUAAUCCGAGCUGGUAUAGACUGGGGCAUGCCUCAAACACAAGAAAAAGUAAACCAAAUGACAUUAUCCCUGAAUGCAUCGCUUCGAAUCAAGCCACUUACUGUAACAAGUUGGAUGCAUGAUGUUCCAGGAGAUACUUUGAAUCCGUCACACCUAGAAUCUUCAAUGGUGCAACUUUCUCAUCUCAAGUUCUUAUCGCCAUGUAUAGAUAGUAAGAAUCAUAUGACACCCCCAAUAGUUAUGGCCGUUCGUUCCUAUCUACCUGGGCCAACCUCUCAUUAUAAUCAAGAGGUCUAUUCCACUGUGGAUAGGUGGGAGUUUAGAGAAAGAAACCAACAACCUGUGCAUUCUGCCUUUGAGCAUUUGUCAUCGCGUAAGGGUACCGAUGGCCCACAAUCGACAAAACCUGUGUAUACUGCACAGCUUAAGAAGCUUGAAAGUUUCACAGUCAAUAAAAUCGUCGUUGCCAUGCAAACUAUAUACAUUGGAAGGGUAAUUUGCUUUGCAUAUAGCGAUAGUUCGGUGGAUUACCGGGAUCGAAUCACUAUGAAUGAGACAUUUAAUGAUGGAGAUUUGGAUCGAGUUUCUCAUCUCUCUCAGAUUGGAUUUUCUUACACCGAAGACGAGCCUUGUUUGCAAGUUGUGUUAUCUCCAAGUACCUGCUCGUUGGCUCAAAUUACGAACGAUGGAAAGGUCAAAUGGAAACAAUUAGACUAUCAUCUUGGAGAGAUUGGAUCAAGUAUGGAGGAUCCACGUUAUGCCGCGAUGAUAACUGCUCUAUCCACAUCUUGUUCUACGUCGGUUAUGAUUUUCAUAAACUAUGAUGAUAUCAUUGCGACUGCUCAUAGUUUUGCAAAAACAAAAGACAACCUUGCAUAUGACUGGCUUAACGAAUUAGCUAAGAUUUUGAAGAUCACUGUUGAUUAUUCGGAAGAAGCACAUUACGAUGUGCUGAUACGAAAUACUACCAUACAAUUGUGUCUUAGCAUCCAAAACUCAUUAGGCUUUAGAGGAGAUUUUAAUCCCCGCAAGUUUGCCGGAAAAUUCUCAUGGCUGGUUCUACAAUUAAGAAACAUUGUUGUGCUUGUAACUAUGGCUGCAAAUAUGAAAGUUCCCGGUCCAACCCACGACAAGACCUCAACACCCUUAGAUGAUCCAGAGGUAAUCAGUGCCCUCGCUGGCUCCGUUCGUUGGGUUCUCGAUCUUAUGGCAUGGAUAAUCGACACCCUCCUUGAUCUUCCCAGCAGUCUACCUGGAGAACUAUCUUUGACCGAUCCGGCCAAACUUUCACUGCCAGAUCUCCUGGCCCAUCUCCACACCCAAAAUAAUGUAACCCUCCAUCUGCUCCUUUCCUCCCCUACGCGCGGCUUCCUCACCGCCAUCUGCCGUCGUCUCCAACAUCUCGACUACGUAGCUCGCAAAGCUAUUGCGACGAACACUAAUGCUCAAAACCAACCAGGAGGACAAGGACAACAAAGCAUUUCUCCCGCUUUGAGAAGCUCUUAUGUACAAAUUGCCCAGUUGACAAGUAACUGCAUAGUGCGCAUUAAGACGUUCGAAACUCUCCUCUCAUCCCUAACUUUAUCAGUCAAAUCAGCAUACGCAAGCCAUAAACCACCACUCCCAGUCAAUAAUUCUAGUGGGCCAUCACGUAAUGGUCUCGAAAUGAAAAUGCUUUUUGGCGGAGAAAUCCCAACGGCAUUCAAACCCGUCAUCAUAGACCUCUUCAAAGGAGUGCAAGAUAACAAGAAAAGUAAUGAAUCCAACACGGCACCAGAUAAUGCAGGAACCGGGCACCUAUCCGCCGUCCGCCUCGAAAUUGAGCCUUCAGACCUCUGGUUUGCAGAUUUCACAAUGCUAGAAGUAGAAGAGGAAGAAGAAUGUGUAGCCCGACGAAAAAAUUCUGGACUAACAAUGGAUUGUUUUAGAAAAACAUGGCUAAGCAAUCCUCCACCUUCCUCCUCCAAAUCUUCCUCGACCAAAAAUGCAUCAUCAUCAGCAGCAGCAGUAUCAGGAGACAAUCACCUAGCACCAAUACCCGGAUUCGCAGCCUUUGGACUUGCAACACCAGGGACGGCAGGAAAUGGAAAUGCAAACGCAAACGCAAAUGCAAAUGCAAAUGCAGUAACAACGAUGACAAAACGCUGGAGAAGAUGCGCGAGGUGUGCGGCGGUUAUGGAAGAUGUGUUGAGUCAGAGACCUACGUUACAGUGGUUGGUGAUGCAGCAGAGGAGAUGCUUUUGUAGUGGCUAUUGGGAUACGCUUCAGCAGGGGGAGAUGGCUGCUUAG